AUGGGUGAAGAGAGCAAGAAGAUGGAGAAGAAGGAAGGGAGCAACUUGCUAGGCUCGCCUAGCUUUACACAGCUCGAAAACGGCAGGUUCAAGUGCGUAGAGACUGGGCACGAAAUGCUAGGCAAAGACAAAGACUCCUAUUCACAGAGUAAACGCUGUCGUUUAGGUCUGAUAGACUUUGCUUUAGCCAACAAGAAACCCCCUCUCAACAUGUUCAAGCAAGACCCUCUCUCCCGUUCAAAGUUGACAUGUAAAUUAACUGGGGAUACUGUCAAUAAGUCCGAGGAACAUAUUUGGAAGCACAUCAAUGGCAAGAGGUUUCUUAACAAACUAGAGCAAAAGGAAAUGGAAAAAUUAGAAUCCAAUGGAAUGGUGGCGGAGGAAGUUGAGGGAACAGGACGGGGAGAAUUGAAGUCGAGCCAAGAUGGUGCCAAGAAAAAGAAGAAGAAAAACAAGGUUGAGGAAAUUAUUUCUCAAGCUAGGGAUUCUUCUGAUAAGGAAAGUGAUUUGGAAGAAACUGAUUUCUGGAUGCCACCCGCCGGAGAACGCUGGGACUUUGAUGAUGGAGGAGAUCGGUGGGGUUCUGAUGCGGAGUCCGGGCAUGAAAGUGAAGAAGAAAAUGCAGCAGAUGACGCCGUUGAAGAUAAUGGCAAGGAAUCAGAAGAGCUCUCUAAGCAGACUAAGAGAAUGUCAAUUGAAAUGGGACCCAGCAGCUUUGCUUCUAGGAAGAAGAAGAGUAAGAAGAACCCUAAAAGUUGA